AUGAACGAGUAUGAAUCAAAACUUGGUGUAUUUGCACCAGAUGGCAGAUUAAUUCAAGUAGAGUAUGCACAAAAUGCAUCCAACCAAGGUGGAACAAUUGUAUUACAAGCACUUGAAAGCAAAAUUGUUAUAUGCUAUGAAAUAAGAAAUACAAACCCAUUGAUAAUACCUAUGUCUAAAAUUCAUACUAUCGAUCAGGACAGGAAUAUAUACAUGAUCUUUAGUGGAUUCAAAGCAGAUUCAUUAAUAAUCGCCGAUAAAGCUAUCGAUAUUGUUUGUAAUUAUAAAUAUUCCACAUCUGAAGAUAUUUCACUGCCAAGGCUUGCAAGAGACAUAGCCAAGUACAACAAACUUUUACGGUAA